AUGAGCACCCGAGAAGACUUGUAUUUGGCUCCUGAAGUGGACGCAUUGGCCCUGGCUUUUUCUGGCGUGGAUUUGUCAUUGGAAGUCAUGGAUGAUGUGGAGCCGUACGAAGUGCUUGAUCUGCGGAAGCUUUUUGAGUAUUGGAAUUGGCGUGGGGGUAAAGAUUUCGAUGGCGACCAAACCAUGUUUGACAGCUGGUACAACUUUUACCGUUUUCCGGACGACGAUAUCAUGGACGAUUUCAUGAGGCGACCCACGAAACGCGCUCGAGUUGAAGAGCGCAGACAAGCCCCAGUGGAAGACGCCACAGAAAGUAGUCCCGACGAACGGCCCAUUCGGCGUGGGGGGGCAAAACGUACAAGGACCUGA